AUGAUUCUACCACACAGCUACUGGGUCCAUGUCUCCCAAUUCUCUCCCGGCACCCUUCCAAAAAGAGCGCCUCAAAGUCCCAAUACACCAGGUUUUCAAGAGAGCACGAACGGUACUCUUGAACCUGAAGGGAGCCAACAGGAACCUCCCAACUUUGCAGCGGCCGGGGUCACUGAAGGCAGAGGAACCACAACGGGUGAUAUCCUGCCGAUAGAGACGAGAGCUGUGGGAGACCUCACCGAUGGCAAAGACUUGUUUGCUCGUCAAGAUAUCCCUUCUCUCGUGUCCAGCGCAAUUGGAUCUGAACGCUUCCCGCCACCUUUUCCUUUCACGCCUGGGAUUCCUCCGUUCCCAACUGCUCCCGAGGCCUCCUUUCUGACCGCCGUUACGUCGACGCCAGAUCCAGGAUCAACAUUGUCCUCGAGCUCUUCACCUUCAACAACGCUUACGGACAAUCUCUCAUCCAGGACACUGGGCGAAUCGACAACAACGUCUGUCAACCCUGGCGGUCUUCUAUCUCAAUCUUCAACUGCAUCCGAUCCUUUGUCUGCGGCCCGUACAGCAUCGCAAUCGUCAACACCAAAUCAAUCCUUCCCAAUGACGUCGACUCCUGCGAGGACAACAGCUUCGUCGAGUCUCCAGCACACAGCCAGUGCCCCUGCUGUUGAGGCCAGCAUGAAUGGCACGACCGAAUCAAAAUGCCACGGGACUCUUUCGCAAGGACAAAAAGCAGGAAUUGCCAUUGGAACUCUCGUUGGUGCUACUUUGAUUCUGUCGUUGCUAUAUUGGUUCUUUAGAUGGCGUAAGGGUGGUCGUCAAGGCUCGAUCGUGAGACUGGGGCGACAUCGGCACCCUGAGUCUGGCGAAACGCCUUGGCCACGUAACCAGCCGUUCGGCAUCUUACCAGAUUCUCCCAUGGCAGAAGCUGGCUUGAGCAAUGUCCCGGCUUGGAACCACGAAAACACCCACGCGCAGCCGACCAUGAUAGUCAAAGCGCGGCAGUCCAUGCCCAGAUCUCUAAGGUUCCUCCGAACAAAUCCCUUGGGCAUGAACCCGGUGACUCCACCAGCCUCGAGGCCACGAACCCCGAGCCGAAAAUCACUCGCUUCGUCAUUGUUCCGUCGGCGCUCAACGGCGUCGACGCUGCGCAGUGUCUCGGUUCCACCAACAGAGGAACAACCCGUGUCCAUGAGAGGCCCUCACUCGUUACGACCCCUAUUCAUCCCCCCUUUCAGGCUUCACCCAGCAGCCUCGCCGGCAUCGCCGUCCAAGACAGCCACCAAGAGCAUCUCGGCGAGCACUCGCUCCUUUGCGGGUGCCUCUGCAACUCACUCGCGUCCAAUGAGCCAGCAGCGGAGGCCACGUUAUCCGAGUACAUCGCCCGCGGACAGAGAUCCUCGGUCUGCCAGAGCGAUCUUCGACCGGACGAGACCUCGUCUGCCGUCAAAACUGUCCAGGUCACAAUCCUCUACGACUACCACGACUGGCUCGGAAUCCUUGCCACAGGGCGUGAGAAAAGAUGUUCCACCCCCCGUGCCGCUCUGGCGAGGGCGAGUCAUGCCCCGGCAACCCCUGCCCACCUUGUCCACGUUGUGGGAGAGGGGUAAGACCCUCCAAGCCCCCAAUCUGUCACGAGAUGCCCAUCUGGACGUCUUGAAAGCGAACACGAAGGUGCGCGUGCGUGCGGCUCCUAGCGACGAUUCGGACGAAGACGAAGACGAAGACGACGAAGAGGACACACCUCCUUUGCCACCUCCCAAGAGUCCAAGGAUGAUGCCACCUCGACCGGUUGGAUAG